AGGUUGGCAAGGAAAAUAAUAUGGCGGCGGCAGUAGUAGUAUUUCGAGUUUCAUAAACUCUUCAUGAAUCUUUCUUAGUCAUAUAUGGGCUACACAUCGCCAGCAUGGCAUUAAAGCCAAACCGUAUGGAUAUGCAUGGAUAGAAAAGUGUUAUGUGAUGAACAAGUACGAAGUUUUAGGAGUCGUAGGUGAAGGAGCCUAUGGUGUGGUGCUAAAAUGUAAAAACAAGGAGUCUGGUGAGAUGGUGGCUAUCAAGAAGUUCAAGGACAGUGAGGAAAAUGAUGAUGUUAAAAGAACCACCCUGAGGGAGCUGAAGGUCCUCCGCAUGCUGAAACAGGAGAAUAUUGUGGAGCUGCGAGAGGCAUUUAGGAGGAGAGGAAAGCUUUAUCUAGUCUUCGAAUAUGUGGAAAGGAACAUGCUGGAGGUCCUGGAAGAGAUGCCAAAUGGAGUCCCCAUAGAGAAGGCACGUCACUAUGUCUACCAGCUAUGUAAAGCUAUCCACUGGUGCCACACUAAUGACAUCAUACACAGGGAUAUCAAACCAGAAAACCUCUUAAUUGGAAAAGAUGAUAGGCUGAAAUUGUGUGAUUUUGGUUUUGCCCGUAACAUGAAUGGUCAUGGCACAGCUAACUAUACAGAUUACGUGGCCACCAGGUGGUACAGGUCUCCAGAGCUGCUGCUAGGUGCUCCAUAUGGUAAAGCAGUAGAUAUCUGGGCCAUAGGCUGUAUCCUGGGGGAGCUGAGUGACGGACAGCCCCUGUUCCCCGGGGAGAGUGAGAUAGACCAGCUGUACAUGAUCCAGAAAGUGAUGGGACCUCUACCUGAUGACCAGAUGCACAUGUUUUAUAAUAAUCCCAGGUUUAAUGGGCUUAAGUUUCCCUCCGUGACCCACCCCCAGACCCUGGAGAGGAGGUAUCAGGGCAUUCUGAGUGGAGUUCUCAUUGACUUUAUGAAGCACACACUGCGCCUGGAUCCUGGCGACAGGUACUCUGUGCAAGAGAGUCUUCAGCACCCAGCCUUCCAGACAGAGAAUCUCCUCAACAGGAACAGAGCACCAGUCAAGAUGGCUGACGGCAGGCACCCUUCCAACAAGAAGAGGAAGAGUGAAGCUUCUGAAAGAAUUGAAAGUGAAAGUCAGCCAAACAUCAUAAGUCAACAGUAUCAGCAGCAAUUACAACAGCAUCAGAGACCACCCACAGUGACAAUAAACAACAACAAACAGGAAUCACAACAACAACAACAACAACAACAACAACAGUCGAUACAUCUACAGCUUGGUGACAAUACAACACAGCAAUCUUCCACGGAGCAGAGGAACGCCACUCCAACCAUUGCUCUGCCUGGAGAUGGCGGCCACAGCGAGACUUAUAAAAAAUACAUGAAAACUGCACAGCAGAAAUCAGACCCCCAUCAGCAUCACCAGCACCAGCAUCAGCAUCAGCAGGAUGAUUACAAUGACAGUAAAGCUGACACUGAUAUGGUGAAGGCAAGGAAGAACGAAAUCAAUCAGAGACUGAACCAAGAGAACAGUCAAGGCGACGACGGGCCGAUGGAGUGCUCUCAUAGUGAUCCACAUGAAAGAAAUCAGGAGGACAGGACUCCGUCACCCCCUCCAGCUUCCCCUUCUCCUCCUCCUCUGAAGGACAGUGAUUCUGAUGCACUGAAACCUCAUCAGCAGCAUACCGAGAAGACAAUUCACAGUCAACAACAACAGUAUGUCAAGCAACACCCCCCAGUGAAGAAACAAGACAGCAUUCAUUUCAAUAUACGAGACUCCAGUCUUGGAGCCUCUAGCACAGAGGCUAGUGGUCAGAGGGACGGAGGCUCACAAGGACAUGCUGAUUGGAGGACACAAGACGUGGAUGGAGGGGGUCAAAGAAAGAGACAGGAUGUUCAGUAUAACUAUACAGAGGGACAUACAGUGCAACAGCAGCAACAGUCACAGCAGGCGCAUGGGCAGAAGACUGUAGAGAAUGAGGAAGGGACGAGGGGGGAGAAAAACAGAAAGGAUAAUAAAGAGGGGCCUGUGGCUGGAGCUGGUGCUGGGUUGCAGAACUUGCCAAAUCAGAAAAUUGUGAAAAGGAGGAAUUCUCAGGAAAGACUUCAGUACCCUGCCGCAGGGGGUUUGACCCGCCUGGUGACGCAGGAGACAUACACAGAGCACAGGACUCUGCCAGCCCCUGGCUCUGAGCCCAGACACUUUGGGAGCACUUUCUCUGACUUCCGCAGCAUGGGGAAUGCCAUGCAGGACAAGGGGCAGGGUGGACGGUCAAUGGACUCCAAGGUUCAAGGCGUAAAACACACAAAUCCUGGCAGAUUGCCGCCUGAAGAUAGAUCCAAGAUGGCGGCUGAUCAGAGUUCUGUAAUGGAAGAACAGCAGUACGCCAAUGAGCUGAGGGCCAGGUCCUGGAUCAGUGAACACAUGUACAAUAAUACUGAGACCAGCUCAGGAUAUCACCCUGCAAGUGAAAAUAAUAAUGAAUCUGACUCAAGGCUCAGAACUGAGGAUAAAGAAAACAGACAAAAUAAUCAUGAUUCUUACAGGAGCUUUAAAAAGCAGGAUUCGAAAUUUGCCAGCUCGCAGGCUGGUGUAGGCGAUCUCACUCUCACGGACUUGUCACCAAGGAGUGACACCCUCUCUCUGGCCCCUGCAAGGACAGAAGGCCACUGGUCAUCUGGCCGAGAUGAGGGUCAGUCUGGUGUCCAGUAUGGGUCUGGGGGCAGCAAGACCAAUACGUACACGGUCAGUUUCAGUGUGGGGACACAUGGGGUCCAGAACAGUCCUCAGACAGAGAGGAGGAACAAGCAUCAAGGCAAUGCACGGGAGGGAGAACUCCAGAGGAUCCGUGCCAGCACCCUGGGGAAGAAGAAGACCAGGGAAGGGUCUGCACCUGUCAAGACUCUAAUGGAGAGACUGUCAGAAACUAGGCUGCAGAAUGCCUUUGACCAGUCUCCAUAUGGUCAGAAGGUCAAGGACAAAGGAGGACCAGUCCCCAGGGAGAGGAGGGCCAAAAGUCACUAUUUUGAUCCUUUGCUUGUCAAAAAUGAAGUGACAACUGCACAAGAUCCCAGUGUUUACCGAGAAUCUCCAGGACUCCAGGACAGCCCCUCAAUGUCCAGGAAGAAGGCUCAGGACAGUGGUCACUUUGGUGGAAGACCUGUACAAGAUAAUUGGAAAACCAGUGACACGGGCUCCAAUGAGUGGCAGCAUUCCUGGUCAAAGAAGAAAAAGAAGAGGAAAGGAUUCAAUAUGCUGCUGUCCAACAGCACAUCUCAGAUGGACUCCCCCACAGUGCUGGACCCCAGGCAUCAGUAUAGUGAGACCCCCCAACCAGUGGGGGCUUCCCAUAGAGAGGCAGGGGUCCCUGGUCUCCACUCACAGCCAGUGACUCCAAGAGACGCUCCCCCACCUUACAAAGACCCUCCUCAGUACACAAAGCAACCAGCAGCACUCAGGAAACUGACUCAAACCCCUGUGGAAAAGGGUCCCAGGCUCCAUCCCCUGGGGAAACCUCUCCCCCACCUGGGUAACAGUCCAGACCCUCACCGCCCCCCACAGCACCUCCACACGAGGUCAGAGAUCUUAGACCCCCGCCUGAUGCCAUCAGGGGCAGACAUCCGACCCCCCAAGUGGCCAGCUCGGGCCCCUUCCCCGGCACCAGCACCAUUUGACGAAAUCCGGUCGGAACUGAAAGACUUACGCUCGGAGCUGAAGUUACAGUCGCCAGUGAAUCCGCCGGAGAGUCAGCGAGAACUGAGGCCGUUGAAGAGUGCCAAAGGAGCCCGAGGCGCUCCGGACUUUCGAGGCAUGAAGGAAACGGCCAUUUAGAGGGAUAGAGUUUAGGGGUGUUUAUUUUUUUUUCCAUUGUAGAACAGAGAACAGACACAAAUCAUGGGGAGAAAUGUUAUAGAAAUUUAUGUAUUGUCAGUUUUGCCACAAAUGGUUAUUUGUAUAUUUGUAAUGCGGCUCACACGACAUGUGUACGGGAUGGGGGAUGGGCCAAGUCGGUGUGUUAAAGAUGUCUAACAUUCAAAGCAUAAUAUCGUAAAUAAUCUCAGAUUUCAAGUUUACAUAAAUGAGAUAACAACCUUUACACAGUAUUGUUCAUUUCCUAUUCAUACAUGUACAUAUAUAAGGUAAACAUUCUUCAUUCAAAGCUUUUCCGUAAAACGUGCAUAAAAAGCUACGACUUUACCUUUGAAAUUUUGAUAUGUCGUUUCUAUAUUUAAUGAAGAGGGAAAGCUUUGUUCAGGUUAUGAAACUGAAGUUCUGUUUAUUUAUAGUAUUACAAUGUACAUGUUAACAUAGACUUCAGUUUAUUCUUAGUAGUCCAGUCUAGGUGCCACGUGUUGUAGCUUCCUUUUAGGUGACGCAAUCAAAAUGUUCAUGUCUACCAUGCAAAAAAAUACUAAUACAGCAGGGAAAUCCACACUUAACUUGAUGUAGUUUAUAGCUGAAACAUAGACAAUUGUCAUCCUUUUAUUUCUUUUUGAAAAUAAUCUACCUGAGCUUUCAGACUGAAGUUUGAAUAUGUGUUUAAGAGAACUUGAAGAUUAAUCAAAAUGAUUCAUAUUUUUCUUAUACAUUUUGCUGGUGUGGCGAGUCAUAUAAUUGGAUGUAUAUUUAGUAUUUUCAUAAUAUCCUCACAAAAUGUAUGAUGGCAGUGCCAAAAGAAAAGAUUGUAAAUGUUAUAAGUAUUCAUUUUACGUGAACUAGACGUUUUUAUUGAUUUAUCUAUGGUGGUAGAAUUAACUUGGGUUCAGAGAAACUGCUGUCAGAGUUAAAAAGUUUUACUAAUGUGUUAUUGUUUUUAUUCAUAUUUAAAUAUCUUAGUCUAUAUUUAACUAACAGGAUCAAUAUAAAUACAAACCACUGCUGUUGUAUAUGAUUUAUUAUUCUAUAUUUUAUUUACUAAAAUGUCUUAUUUAUUACCGUUCCAGUUUUCUGUUGCCAACUAACACAAAAGGUGUCCAUAUUUGAUUGUUUUAACGUACUCAUUCAAAUUAAUAUAUUUAAUAUGCAAAGUCCAAAGUAAAAGUAUAUGUAGUCUAUAUCUAUUUAUAUACAUAUAUUUGAUGAUAGGUGAAGUAGUCAAGUUGUGGACUCAGUUUAUUUAUGACCCUUCACAGCAGCCGAAUUUUGCCAUCAACUUGGGUCUUUAGUCGAAGAUUAAAUUACAUGUAGUUAAACUUACGCACUAUCACAACUUUUUGAAAAUUCAAAUCACCAAUGAAGAGUUUGGCAACACAGAUGGUUGUGUCCAGCAAGAGAGAGAGAGAGAGUGUGUGUCGAGCCGCCAGUCUGUUAAUUGCUAUCUCACACACACACACACACACACACAC